AUGUGGCCUUCGUGGCAGCCGGUCUUUGACAUCCAUCUCGCUCUAUUUACUCCUACAUUGAUUCCCACCUCAUUCAACGCCAAUGGUCUUCCUCUCGAGCUCUCACUUGACCCGUAUCUCGGGAUCAGCAUCUUUGCUGCGAAGGGCAGGUAUCUACCCCAGAAUUACACCGACAGCCUUCAAGCCUUUUCCGUUGCCAGCAUGGCUGCUCGCGGGAGUAAAGUCGACCCUUAUAGUACCUUGCCAGAGUCCUAUCAGCCUUCUUAUCCCGAAGUCUAUCACCCUAAAGAGCUUGAUCGCACAGAGAAAUCGACAGAGUACAUAUUGCCCAGUGGUGCAAGCAACGACGGCAACUACAGAAACAACCAACACAGGCUACCAUUUGGCUGGACUCCAACGAUUUUCGGAAUUGUCACAGCUCUGGCCACUGCUAUAAUUGUAGCCGCCAUAGUCGGAGGAGGAGUUGGUGGCGCCUGUGCUAGUUCUCAAAGAGCCUUGAAGACGGCUUCCUCGGAAGCGGUAACAGCAACUUCAACUAUACAUUUGGCAGCUUCAGCACCAACUUCAUCAAUUCCUUCAUCUGUCUCUGCUUCCGCCGCCCUCGCUACUGACUACACCGCUCUAGUCGACACCCAGAUAUCGAGCCUCGCUCUUGACUGUCCAACUUUGGAUGGUCAAAGCUACCCAUCCAAGUGGGAGGGCCAAUUGUUCAGUUUGAACUGCGACUUUCUGUACAAUGACGGCGAUCUCGCUUCCGUCUUUGUCUACACGUGGCAGGAUUGCGUCGAGGCAUGUGCUUCCAUAAACCACUACGCAGAAAUGAACGGUGGCUCCAACACCACCUGCAUACACGCGGUAUUUCAGGCAGGGUUGGACCAGAACGUGGUCGAUUGGAAUCGGAAUUGCUGGUUGAAGAGUAACAAGGCUGUGGUUGGGACGGCUGAUCCGGCAAGCGAGAUCCUGUCAGCUGAUGUAGUUUUUUGA